AUGUCAUUCCAACAGCUGUUCCAACAGAUAUCCGACCAGGGCCGGCGGCUCUUUGCCGCCACCGAGCGUGCCCCUGCGCUAUCGACCGGCCUGUGCGUGUUUCUGGUGCUCGUGUACCUUUAUUCGAUCGCCAACCCGGCCAUUCUCGACAAGUGGUCGCUGACGCCAUGGACGCUCUACAACCUCGAGCUGAGCCGGCUGACGACGUACCCGCUCGUGCACGCAAAUUUCGUCCAUCUUCUGUUCAACGUGGUGUCGCUGUACGGGCCCCUGUGCCAGUUUGAGGUGCAAAAUGGCACCGUCCACACGGCCAUCGUGCUCAAUUUCCUGGCCACUUGCGUGGCCAUCCCUUAUUGUCUGUGCGGCAUGCUUUUCUUUCCAACCACAAGCGUCCUGGGAGCGUCCGGCUGGGGCUUUUCGAUGCUCAGCUACUACUACUAUCUGCAGGCCCAGACAGCAGAAAACACCAGGAUCUACACGGUGGACGUGCCUACAACGAUGAUCCCGUUCAUCCUGCUGCUUGUGGUGGGUGUGCUGGUGCCGAGCUCGAGUUUCAUCGGUCAUUUGUUUGCCAUUUUGGCCGGAUAUGCGCUCGGAUACGGGUAUCUCAAACACUUCACGAACCCGCCGUUCCGGAUCGUCGAACGCGUCGAAUCGGCGUUGGCAGGCGUGAUUGGCCGCCUGCCGCCCCAGAUCCACUACAUCCGCGAGCAGGACGUCAGCAGCGACCGGUACGUGCUGCCCUCGCACGGGGGCCAGGUGCUGGGCACUAAUAGAGGCUGA